ACAUGUCUAUUACAUCGACGACGCCAUCCAGCAAUCGGAGAAAAGCCUCACCGGAGUCCGAGAGAGAGAGACUCAAGAGAGAGCGACGACGAUGACGAUGAAGGUGCUGGUCGCGGUGGACGACAGCGACGGCAGCCGCCACGCGCUGGCCUGGGUGCUCGACCACCUCUUCCCGGCCGCCGAGCAGCCGCACCAGGAGGAGCCUCAGCCGGCGCUGGUGCUCGUCCACGCCCAGGAGCCUCUCCGGCACGUCAUGAUGUACCCGGUCGGGCCAGGGUCCGCGGUGUACGGCGCGCCGUCGAUGAUGGAGAGGGUGCGGGCGGCGCAGGCGGAGAACGCGCGCAACCUGCUCGACAGGGCCAACCAGAUCUGCCACCGACGAGGGGUGAGCGCGGAGUGCGUGGUGGUGGAGGGCGACCCGAGGGAGGCGUUGUGCCGCGCCGCCCAAGACAUGGGCGCCGGGCUGCUCGUCGUCGGCAGCCGUGGCCUCGGCGCCAUCAAGAGGGCGUUCCUGGGGAGCGUGAGCGACUACUGCGCGCAGCACGCGAGCUGCCCGAUCAUGGUGGUCAAGCCGCCGCCUCGCGAAAACGAGCAUGCCCACCGGGCGACGACCUAGCUGAUCGGUCUCCGGUCUGAUCCCUUCUUCAACUUCAACUCCAGGGAACAAACAGAUGGAGGCCGCGGAUCAGUAUCUCACUCAUGUCGCGCUCGAUCUGCUGCUAUUCGUUCUUUUCUGCCCGCCCCCUGCUCCCUGCUCUCUGCUCUGCUCUAGAUGGAUCCAUCUUUCUCCUAUCCGUGCUUCUCCUCUCAUGUCGAUGGACUCAAAGAAUCACCAUGCUUGCUUUGUACUAGUAGGUAAAUGUGUAAAUUACCACGCCGUGAUGAACAUCUCGAUUCUUCUUUACGUUGCAAAAAUCAUGGUUCGACGAAGUAAAGUAUCUUUACACUCUUGACGAGAAAUAAUAAAUAAAACUGAGUAAAUUUAUUCGAA